CACACACACACAGAGAGAGACACGCUGUGCGUCUCACAGCUCACUCCCUCUCUCAGGCUGUCUGAAGAACAAACAAAACGAGAGCGUUUCACAAGGAACUGCGAGAGAGAACGAGAGAUCGUCACCGUGAGUUUUUUAAAGUUUCAAUCGAAAUGUCGUCCAGCAGAAGAGUGGGCUUCUAUCGGCAAGACAUCAGCAAGACGGUUUGGGAUGUCCCGGAUCGGUACACCGACCUGAAGUCGGUGGGUUCGGGGGCGUACGGAGCUGUGUGCUCCUCCACAGACAAGCGGACUGGAUCCAAAGUGGCAAUCAAGAAGCUAAACCGACCCUUCCAGUCUGAGCUGUUUGCAAAGAGAGCCUACAGAGAGCUGCGACUCCUCAAGCACAUGAAGCACGAGAACGUCAUUGGGCUGGUGGAUGUGUUCACCCCUGACGUCUCAUUGGACAGAUUCCAGGACUUCUACCUGGUGAUGCCCUUCAUGGGCACUGACCUGGGCAGGAUCAUGAAGCUGGAGAGGCUGACGGAGGACCGCAUCCAGUUCCUGGUCUAUCAGAUCCUGAAGGGCCUCAAGUAUAUCCACUCAUCAGGAAUCAUUCACAGGGACCUCAAACCUGGAAAUCUGGCCGUCAACCAGGACUGUGAGUUAAAGAUCCUGGACUUCGGUCUGGCCCGGCAUGCGGACAGUGAGAUGACGGGCUACGUGGUGACGCGCUGGUACCGAGCUCCAGAGGUCAUCCUCAACUGGAUGCACUACACCCAGACAGUGGAUAUCUGGUCGGUCGGCUGCAUCAUGGCUGAGAUGCUGUCUGGGAAGCCUCUCUUCAAGGGGAACGAUCAUCUGGACCAGCUGACAGAGAUCAUGAAGAUCACAGGGACGCCGACACAGGACUUCAUUCACAAGCUGCAGAGCCAGGACGCUAAGAAUUACAUCAUGAGUUUACCCAAAGUCCAGAAGAAAGACUUGCAAGUGCUUUUUUCAAAAGCAAACCCUCUAGCGGUCAGUCUGCUGGAGAAGAUGCUGGUUCUGGACGCUGAGCGGAGGAUCACAGCGGCCGAGGCGCUGGCUCACCCGUACUUCGAAUCGUACCGAGAACCCGACGAGGAGACCGAGGCUGAGCCCUACGAUGAGACCCUGGACCACACAGACAUGCCUGUGGAACAGUGGAAACGUCACACGUUCACGGAGAUCCUAACCUUCAAGCCCGCAGUGCUGGUAUCUCGAGAGACGUUGCUGUGAUGCUGGAGUGGAGCGGGCUGGCUGUGUGCGCUGAGGGGAGAAGGGCAGCAUUGCUACACGUGCAAUCAACAGGGACUGCACCAGAGAACUAUCCCAGCCUGACUUCAAACAAACAACCAGGAAACCUGAGUGGGACGCUCGGUACUGAGAUCAGGGAUGGAAAUAAGACUCCUAUUGCACAGCAGUGUCACCCAUGCCAGCUUUGUUAGCCCCAGUGUGUAUAGAUAACAAGCUCAGAUGUGUCUUAUUAAACCCACAGUAAAACCAGGAAUGGGUCAGUCAUGUUUUCAUCCCUGGUCUACCUUAACCUCUCAUCUCCAUGUGUGUUACUGUCGUGAGUGAUCCUCUCCAUGUGUGUUACUGUCCUGAGUGAUCCUCUCCAUGUGUGUUACUGUCCUGAGUGAUCCUCUCCAUGUGUGUUACUGUCCUGAGUGAUCCUCUCCAUGUGUGUUACUGUCCUGAGUGAUCCUCUCCAUGUGUGUUACUGUCCUGAGUGAUCCUCUCCAUGUGUGUUACUGUCCUGAGUGAUCCUCUCCAUGUGUACAGUCUGGGUGGCAGCGUUUCUGAUCAGAAUUGCUCUAAACCCCUGAGCACUGUGUAAACAGGAACAUGUUUAAAAGUGGCUGGGGUUUGAAGGAACUGUUUUCUGCUCGUGUGCUUAAGACCCAAGACCAAUGUGUGCCGGGACAUUUUCAACUGAGUGUAACAUCAAAAACCAAAAAACCAACACCACAAAAUAAAACUCGAUCUUAUGUUGGAAACCACGUCCCCUUUAAAUGUGAUGUUAUGCAGCUAUGAUUUUUGUCAAUAUACUGCUGUUUGUUUAGAUGGGAUUUUUACACUGGACACAUUGCCACCCGGUGGCUUAGGGUUAAAUAUGUUGAAAGAAUUUUUAAAGGGUCUUAAAGGGAAAGCUGAUUUCAAUUUGGUGUAUUGUCUUUACUCUCCAGGAUGUCAGGUUUAUAUUGUGAGGGGAUUAUUAAUGGGUUAGAAUUGUCUCAGAGCUUUACGAUGUCCAAGCUGUCCACAAAGUGUGACAGGAAGUGGAACCAAAUAAACUUUACAGUAUUACAGAUCUAUGAGACUCAGGAUGCAAUGUGAAUAAGAGAAUGGAGUGCUGUAUUACAGAUCUGUGAGAGGAGGGACACAGUGUGAAUAAGAGAAUGGAGUGCUGUAUUACAGAUCUGUGAGAGGAGGGACACAGUGUGAAUAAGAGAAUGGAGUGCUGUAUUACAGAUCUGUGAGAGGAGGGACACAGUGUGAAUAAGAGAAUGGAGUGCUGUAUUACAGAUCUGUGAGAGGAGGGACACAGUGUGAAUAAGAGAAUGGAGUGCUGUAUUACAGAUCUGUGAGAGGAGGGACACAGUGUGAAUAAGAGAAUGGAGUGCUGUAUUACAGAUCUAUGAGACUCAGGAUGCAAUGUGAAUAAGAGAAUGGAGUGCUGUAUUACAGAUCUGUGAGAGGAGGGACACAGUGUGAAUAAGAGAAUGGAGUGCUGUAUUACAGAUCUGUGAGAGGAGGGACACAGUGUGAAUAAGAGAAUGGAGUGCUGUAUUAUAGAUCUGUGAGAGGAGGGACACAGUGUGAAUAAGAGAAUGGAGUGCUGUAUUACAGAUCUGUGAGAGGAGGGACACAGUGUGAAUAAGAGAAUGGAGUGCUGUAUUACAGAUCUGUGAGAGGAGGGACACAGUGUGAAUAAGAGAAUGGAGUGCUGUAUUAUAGAUCUGAGGCUAGAUUCUUUGGGACUGUCUGCUUGUCACCGUUUCUGUGCUGGUAAAUGUUUAAUUGGAAAACAUGUUUGGAUUUGUUUUAAUAAAAGAUUUUCUUUAAAAAAAA